CCAAAGCCCAGUUUAACCCAGAUCUGUUGUUUUCCUGAACAGGUUUUACAAGAAGAAACUUCAAUCCCAGGCAGUGACCUAAACCUGGUCUACUUAAGCUCCAGGACUUCAGGAUACAAACCGGUCCUCAAAGUCUCUAUGACCCAAUCAUCAAUCCCAUUCAACCUGAUGAAGGUCCACCUGAUGGUAGCAGUGGUGGGUCGCCUCUUCCAGAAAUGGUUUCCUGCUCAACCCAAUUUGUCCUACACUUUUAUCUGGGAUAAGACAGAUGCUUAUGGCCAACGUGUCUAUGGGCUGUCAGAAGCAGUGG